AACGCUACCCUAAUUAUCCCAGAGUUUUGUGUAAAAUCUUGCUCCAAAGAUAUUUUCUGGCUCUCAUUUGAAGGAAAGAUCCCACAUUCAUUGUUUUUAGCCUCAGCGCGAGCUAUUUUUGGUGGCAGACGCCGCCGGCUCGAGUUUAUCUGGCAGCACUUGGCCGCUGGUGCGGCUUGCGGGAAGUAACUCCGUGGGUAUCGUCUGCUGCAGUGGCGUCGUCAGUCGCGGUUUGACAGCAUGGCGCACAAGUUGACCGAUCUGCUCGGAGACACGCUUGUACGCAGCAGUGGGGAAAAGGUUCAGACUAAAUCAUUGUGCGGAAAGGAGAAAAUAGUUGGACUCUACUUUGCUGCAGAGUGGUGCCCGCCAUGCAAAGGUUUUACUCCCAAACUGGUGGAAUUUUACAAAAACUUCAAAAAUGGAGGGACUCGGCCCGGCUUAGGAGCUUUCGAAAUAGUUUACGUCAGUUGGGACAAAGAUGAAGCUGGUUUCCGUGAUUCUCUCGGUUCAAUGCCAUGGACAGCUUUACCUUUUGGUUUGAAAGAUAAGAAGAACAAGCUGACGAAAAAGUUUCGUAUUCAAGGAAUUCCACGCCUGGUCAUUCUUGAUGGAGAGACUGGCAAGACGAUUACCGUAGAUGGCUUUAAUCACCUCAUGGAGGACGAGAAUGGCUGUGCAUUUCCAUGGAAACGGAAGCCAUUCUGGGAAAUGAUUAAAGGAAAGUUAUUACAUGGCGACAAACAAGAGGAAGUUGAUGCCAUGGAAGCGCUGAAGGGAAAAAUCAUUGGACUCUAUUUUGCUGCUAACUGGUGUCCCCCUUGCAAGUUUUUCACGCCGGAGCUGACGAGGACCUACGAGCGGCUGAAGGAGGCAGGCCGCAAUUUCGAGAUCGUCUUCGUCACCUCUGAUCGCAGCGUCGAGUCGUUCCAGCAGCAUGUGGGCUGUAUGCCCUGGCUAGUCAUCCCCUUCCACGACCCCAGGCUGCAGCAGAUCACCACGCAGUUUGGCAUCGACGGCAUACCUAGCCUUGUCAUUUUGGACGAGAAAGGUGGGCUGAUCACCAUGAACGGGCGCCAGGCCAUUGUGCACGACUCCGCCGGUCUGGAUUUCCCAUGGUACCCCAAGCCACUGAAUGAGCUCACUCAGAUGGCAGCAGUUCAGUUAAACGAGAAUAUCUGCUUGAUUCUUUUCACAGACGGAGAAGAAGAAGAGUUGCUGGAGGCGCGAGCAGUCCUACACGACGUGGCGGUCAGAGAACAUCAGAAGGGAGAGGACCAGGAACUCUUGUUUUUUUACGCAGGAGAUGACGAGUUUUGUGACCAGGUGAGAGAUUUUGCUCACCUGGAAGACCGCUCGCCGUUGCUGGUGAUACUGGAUAGCCCCGAGCAGCAGGUGUACGUGUCUCCGGCUACAGACAUGAGCUGUGAGGUGGUCACGGAGUUUGUGGACAGCUACCUGGCGGGCAGGCUCGUGCCCACACCUUUUCGCCACACAAGUCCGCAGGAGUGCUGACAGUGUCUCUCUCUGGCCGCCAGCAGGGUUGUUGAUAGUCUCACCUAACCCUCCCAGCAGGAUUAUCGAUAUUGUCAUCUAACCUUUCCAGCAGGAUUGUUGAGCAAGUCAUCUCUCUAGCCUAACUUGGGCUACUGUCGAUAGUGUCAUGUGUAAUAUAGCCAGCUGGAUUGCUGAUAGCAUCAUUUGUCUAGGCCAGCCAGUGCUAGUGCCAAUAACGUCAUCUCUCUAACCCAAUCAUCAUCUGUCUAGCCUUAUUAGCACGACACCCUUGCUUACACUUACCUCGCUGUGAGUGAAAAGCGGCACAACACAGCGCAUACUGGUUCCCAGUGACACUUGGUACAGUAUAGGGAUCGUAGCCUUGCGGAAAUUUUUAGUUAACUGGAUACUGAAAAUGCCACAAAUAAAAUGUCAGAUUCUCAAUACGGUGGUGUGCCCAGGGGGCCGUGCACCUACAGGCUAUGCGUGUUGACCGGAGGAGAAGGGGCGGGGUUGCGGUCCUGAGGCUUUCCGGACAGGUAACAAUGGAACGACUAUCGCCGACUAAAUUACACGCAGGACGUCGACCGCAUACAGCGCGGCGAUCAGGCGCAGUCCAGAAAAAAGGUCAGUGCUGAUGACUGGGCACUACUGCCCCAGUGGCCGCCGUUAAACAUAAAAAACGCUCAGUGGUGCUGCCCUGCGCAAGUGUGCAGCAAGUGGGACUAACGUUUGUGUAGUGUACAGUAAGGUCAUCUUAGUCCCGCGGUUCUCAAACGGUGGGGCGCGUCCCCCUGGAGUGGGGGGGGGGGGCGGGGCGACGUGCUUACAAGGGGUUCGCGAGGGUGGUCUUUUUUUUUUUAAAGUUUCUUAUACCGGUAUUAGUGAAAUUAGCUUACAUUACUGGCGCAGGGGGGCGCGCGGACGUACCUUUGUUCAUCAGGGGGGCGUCACAAGUAAAAGGUUGAGACCCGCUGUCUUAUUUAGUAGACUUGCUAUAUGUAAUUGCCGUUUCCUCUGCCUCUGUACGGUAAGUGGGUAUACAGAAGUGUACAGUUUAUCAAGGCCUCUGCGUACCACCUGAAGCUAUGUAACGCCUGCUUUGUACGGGUAGUUUGUGAGCUUGAUCACCUGUGUAGGCGAUAUAGUUUUGAUGACUGUGAGGAGAACGCGCCAUACGAACGGAUGCACACAAGCGGUUUUCCCACUCUCUGCCACAACGGCAGCCGACGCGCGGUAAAAGCUGUCACGAAGACCUUCACCCCAGGCACACAACGGCAUCACUGUUUGUCAUUUGCCUUUUUGUUUGGUAGCUGACUUUGGAGCCAUCUUGUUGACAUCUCCCCUAGUGCGUCAAGGAUUGCGAACCGCUGAGGUGUUUAAACAGAAAAAUAAAAACCAGCUCUUUGCUGUUUCAGCGACCUGCUCCCUUGCCCUUCCUCUCUUCAUAGAACCAACUUUUCCUUUCAGAAGUUGUCGUUAUUUUGUUAGUGCAAAGCUGAUUUUGCCUAUACUCAUAACCAGCACAUGAAAUAGCUACUUUGAAGGUGGUGUUUUUAGACUUUAACCGUUUGUUCAGUGAAAUGUAGAAUCGGUGUACCCUCCUGAAUACGCAAUACAGUCGUUGAAGGAGGUGUUCGUAGUAUGUUUAUCUUAGGACGUGUUCAGUGUACAAUUUUGACUUGCCGCCAAGCUGGGCGUUCGGCUUGUUCGUUUGUUUAGAGAUCUUUGUCUUUCUUACGAGUUCGGGUGGGGGAGACAGCAGAUGGGACUUUCAUACCCUCGGCUGCACUGUGCUCUUUCUGCCGCCUCAGCCUGGUUCUCGUGUCUCCUGUACGUGGUGUAAGGGCGUGGUCUGUGCCAGGCUCAAUGCUGUUGUGAGAAAAGACCCUGGGAUAGGUGCUACAGUGGGUGGGGAGUGACAGGCUGUUUACAGCCUCGCUGUACAGAUGUCUUUUCUCCGCCAAAGUUGUGUAUAAUCAUUGCCAUAUUUGUAUAUACGGUUUCUCAAGCCACAUAACUGCCAGGGUUUUGUCAGCGAUGUCUUUAACAUGUCAAUGGUCAUGCUGUAGCUGUGACGUCUGAUUGUCAUCCGUGUAAAGAAAAGUCUACUGUUAGAUGAAAUAUGCGGAGUAACUGUAAGAAACAAUACAUUAGUUUUUUAAAAAAAUCACAGGGCUUGGUCUGUUUGCUCUCGCUGUCUGCUGAAGGAGUUUCUGUUGUAAUGCAGCGGGAACUGAAGCUUGCCAGCUAGCUUGGGCAGAGGUCUUGUCGUGUCUCGAAGCUGCUUACAGACCAGUAAAGGCCGACCGAGUCUCUAAAUGCGAUAAAGGGCGGGUCUUCUCGUAACAUCUCCAACUCACUCGAGACUAGCUAAAGAUGGCUGCUGCAUUCUUGAUGCUGUGUGAAGCAGAAAGAAAUCUUUGCAGAAACAGAGGAUUUCGAAAUAGAACCAAUCACAUCGAUUCAUUUCGCCCGUCACAUCUUGGAGAUCGUCGAUUAUAUAGAGGGGGACAGUAAUUGCAAAUCCGGGGGUGCAAUGUCAAGCUGACGUUGCAAGCGUGUCUUGCCCUUCGUUUUUAUGCGACGGGUGCCUUUCAAAAUGUGUGUGCCGAUCUAGCAUAUUUUAGCUGAAUUGUAAUGGUAUAUAGAAAUAAAGUUAAGCAGUACCAAUAUUGUCAUUUUUACCUAUUGGCAACAGACUUCGUAACUUAAUUAGCACUUCCUGAGUGAAGCAGCAAUUUUCUUCCUUAUCUACGUGUUUUAGCAUGUGUGUGUGUGUACUUAAUCAACUCUUCAUUUCGUGUAUAUCACGCCACAACUCAAAGCGUGAUCAGUGCUUCGCACACGUGACAGUAUGAAAGUAUUUGUGAACUAGUGCCAUGUCUGUUGACAAAUCGUAUUGAGGAGUGAAAGAGCCAAAGAGGCCGUCGUAAGGAGCACACUGACGAUGGGAUGUCGGCUGUCUGUCCGAGUCCUGCUUGUCAGGACCCAUUUACCCAAGUCUGGGCUUGUAAGAUGUGACUUGAUGCCAUGAUGUAGACCUGCUAGAGGUAACUAGUUAAACUGAGCCGGCCACCUUGUGCUUGUUACAUGUAGCUAGACUCUACAGUCAAGGCUUGUUGGAGAGGUAGCUGUCUUACCGUUAGCUGUCACUGCACUCCACAGUCACAGCAUGUUAGUCUGAAGUGUCAACCGCAAGGAAAUACCAGGAGUUGCUCUUGUUUUAUCAGCUGUCCUCGGCAGAUGGCAUAGUGUCUAGCAUUAUUACAGGCGUUAUUACGCUGGGCCGCCCUUGAUGUACACCUGCGUGCAGCCUGGUGUUGGCAGGUACCGUGGGCAGUUGUACCGGACUGAAGACGAGGGUCUGUACCCUUUAUGUUCUUGUAGUUGCCACGUAACAAGUCCCUUAGUAAUACAACCCUAGUCUUUGUCACACUGACUGCACCUAAAACGAAAUGCCCAUAAUUUCACAGCAGUUCUUUUCAACUGAAUUCGUGGUUUUUUGUUGUUUUAUUUUAUUUUGUCUUUUGACAGACGCUCACCUUAGAGCAGGGAUUUGUUUAGAAACUGAAUUAACGCUGUUGACACGCGACUUUGUCCAGUGUUGCAGUGGUGGCUGAUCUUCUCGAGUCUUGACCAAAGGUGCUGUGAUGUCAGAACGGCUGGAACUGGUCCUUAUUCGCCAUGUUGCUAGGCUACCAAGGUGUUGAUGCCCUUACAGCAAUAGUUAACUUCAUUCUCCACGUUAUUUAUAGGCUGGGUGGAUGUUGAUGCUCCGACAUACUUGCAGCAAUAGCUGUAGUCAGCUGUCUUGCUGAUACACAGUUUAUAUUGCGUUUCACUCAACUUCACAUGUUGUUUCUUUCCUUCCUUCUUAGCUUUCAGGGUUCAGAAAUAUCUUGUGCAUGUGUUUGUAUGCUUAGAAGACCAGCAAUCAAAAAACAACUGCAUCAUCGAUAGAAUCUACAGGCGGUACGUAGACGGCAGAGAUGAUUGCAUCUUUAGCAGAAGUCCAGGUUCCUUCUGCAUGCCAGCGAACUCAGCACUUUGCUUGCUGAAUUUUAGAACACACUAGAAAUCAGAACGAGGCUGCUUCUAUGUCAGUAGUGUAUUAAAGACUUCACAACCGCCCGCGCUCCGAGCACCCUGGGAAGGAAGCAGAUGGUGAGUUGCGAUGUGGCGGUGUCUGCUGGUGUUGUGGACAAGGUGAUGUGCUGUAGUCACCAUGCAGUGCAGUGUAGCUACAAGAGUCCACGCGCAGUGAUGCUAUACAUGCAGGCACUUGUGUCGCUUGAAAUCAGAGGGCCAGCAGCUGUAUCUAUUAAUAAAGUGGUGAACAUUGUUGUAAUAAAGAUUCGUCUGGAACACUA